AUGAACAUAGCUAAGAUAUUUCCCUAUCAAGCAAAUAUUUUAGCUAAAGCCAAAAUUGGCAAAUCGCUGAAUAUAGGAAAUAAUGGAAUGGCAAUGAGUACAUUGGCUAAUGUACAGGACAAAAAAUUAAUAUAUGUUAAUAAACCUGUACAUGGAGGUAUGAUAUAUUGGAAAUGCAGAGAUAUGAUAAAUACAAUUAAAAAGAAAACAAAAAGGUGUGCAAGAUAUUUAGAAUUAAAUCAUGAUUUUGGAAGAGCAGCAUUAGUUGGUGUUCCAAAAACAAACUAUGAUCCAAAAAAUAAUAUUAUUUACAUUCAAAUGGACAAUGAAGAGUGGGCAGGUAUCGGAAGUAAGGUUAUGCUAAACAUAUCUAUGAACAUUUUGUUUUAUUUGCAUAUAUCCUUUUGGAUGUAUUUCAUAUAUUAUAGAAUGCUAGUAAAUAACAAGUUAAAUGUUUUUAGCAAAUGGAAAGACGCCGAAUAA